AUCGGUGUUCUCAGUCUAUAAGGUUGUCGGCAAUAGGGCGCGCAAGAGAGUCCUGUUGGUUUCGGAGAGCAUAUAGCCAGCAUUAUGGCUUUCAAUUGCUUUGUGUCUCUAUUAUUCCUGCUAGCAGUGGCAUCUGCAACUGAAGACUUUACGAAGCAAGUCAAGGAUGCAGAACUCCUUGGAGACUCCAUACCAAAACUUCUCGAGAAACAAUGGUCCUCUAAACUAGCCCAACAGAAGAAGAACCUAAGCUCUGCUGAGGAAGCUCUGGUCAAAACACUACCGAAUCUUGUUAAGACGGAAGUUAUCGCGCAGUUAAACGAAGUGGAACAAAAACUUGAGGCUGAACUUAGCACUUUCGUUAAGCUGCAGUUGAAGCAGGCUUCUGAAAUCUCUACGAAGUAUAAAAGUUUUCUUAACCAGCGUCUGAGUGCGAAGGGAGCAGCAGCAACUGACGAAACUAGUAUCCACAAAAUCAGAGAGGAAUCGCAGAAGAUCGUCAACUCUUGGGAACCUGCACUGAGCAAGAUCCACGAAUCUGCUCAUCAAAAGUUCGAAAGUGCUGUCCGAUCGAUCGCGGAGAAAAUAUCGAAGACCCAAACCCAAACCCCCCAGAUGGCCGACCAAGUCCGCGUCGCAAUCACAAACGUCGGCGUUCAGCUCCUUAAUGUUCUCAUCCAGGAACAGAAUGCAGACACUCAUCUUCUGACUAGUGUCCAGUUUAACUUGUACAACACAUUUUUCCAAAAGGCAGAAACAGUCCUCAUUCAGCUGCUUGUUUCGGCAAAGUCGUCUAGCAGCUCUUCAGCUGCUUCGCCGAGUGCUCCAGGGACUGGAUCGCAGCCAGCUUCGCAAAAUGAUUCACACAAAGUUUCACAGGACGUUUCUCAAAAAGGUUCGCAGAAAAUUUCGCCAAGUUCUUCAAAGGGUGGAUCACAAAGCCCUGCUCGGCUCAGUCCAGGAGGUGAAACAAAAACCACCGGUCAAACCUCUGCGGAAGAGGAAGAAGAAGAUUGCGACUAUGCCGAGUACGAGUAGUUAUCAGGAUUUCUUAGUUUGAGGAUUGCAUAUAAUACGAUCAUUUUAAAUUUCGAUCAUAAUACAGAGAUCAAAAACAGUUUUGUAUUUCCUUUGACUCUAAAAUAAAGGCCUGCAACAAAUA